UCUGUUUUUCUCUGUUUUUCUCUGUUUUUUUCCCUCCAACUUUCUCGGAAUCCAAACAGCCCUUGAUUCCAAGAAAAAUCCUUCCUUUCUUCAAGAACAACCAUGGAUGCCAAAAUGGUUACACCAAGAACAGUCCCACUGAAAAAGGUAACCAUGUUGAGAAAUGGAACGAAGAAGACGAAGUGGUACUGGAAAUUGAAACUGGGAAUCCGACUGAGAGCCAUAAAGAAUGCCUUUUCCACUUCCGUACACCAACACCGCCGCUAUCUGACAUGUUCCACCGCCGUGCACGGCCAACAAACACCCAAAAACGGCGCCAUUUCGCCGCUUGUAAUCAAACACAAAAACCCCAAAAAAAACGACCUCCGGUUAACCAAGCCGCUCGCCUCUCUCCUCCGAAUGCCACUCCGCGCCCCUGACUUCAUCGACUACGGCAACCACCACAUGACCCCAACAAUUUCCCCUCGCGAAAACAUCUCCGCCGUCUGGCGUGACCUCCACGGCGCCGGGAAUUGGGCUGACCUCCUCGACCCACUUCACCCCUUCCUCCGCCGUGAGCUCGUUAAGUACGGCGAGUUCGCACAAGCCACCUACGACGCAUUUGACUUCGACCCAUUAUCGGAAUUCUGCGGCAGCUGUAGAUAUAACCGCCACAAGCUCCUCCAUGAAUUGGGUUUGGCUGAAAACGGCUACAAAGUUACUAAAUUCAUCUACGCUUUAUCCCCCGUCGACGGUCCGGAUUGGUUCGAGAGCUCGAAGAUCGGCAAGGUAUGGAGCCGUGAUUCGAAUUGGAUGGGGUUCGUCGCCGUUAGCACCGACGAAGAGAGCGAUCGAAUCGGACGGCGGGACAUCCUCGUCGCAUGGCGAGGCACAGUAACCCCGACGGAAUGGUACAUCGACAUGAAAACCAAGCUAAAAAAAAUCGACCGGAGUAACAAGAACGUCAAAGUCCAACGAGGGUUCUUAACGAUUUACCGAUCGAAAGAUGAGGAAUCAAAAUUCAACAAAACAAGCGCGUCGGAGCAAGUGAUGGAAGAGCUACACAGACUCGUCGAAUUCUUCAAACAAAAAGACGACGAUAGAGAAAUUAGUUUGACGAUCACCGGGCAUAGCCUUGGCGGUGCAUUGUCGUUGCUAACGGCGUAUGAGGCCGGAGUGUCGUUUCCCGACAUACAUAUUAGCGUGAUGUCGUUCGGAGCACCAAGAGUGGGGAAUUUAGCAUUCAAGGAGAAGCUAAAUGAGAUGGGAGUGAAAGCCUUACGUGUGGUGAUCCGACAAGACAUAGUUCCAAAGCUGCCGGGAUUGGUAGUGAACUCGAUUAUGAACAAGCUGAGCGCGGUGACGAAGAAGCUGAAUUGGGUGUAUCGGCACGUCGGGACGCCGAUGAAGAUGGAUAUGAACAUGUCGCCGUACUUGAAGAAGGAAUCGGACAUGUCGGGGAGCCAUAAUUUGGAGAUAUAUUUGCAUUUGGUGGAUGGGUUUGUGAGUAGGAGAGGGAAGUUCAGGUGGAAUUCGAGGAGGGACAUGACGUUGGUGAAUAAAGGGAGUGAUAUGUUGGUGGAAGAGCUGAGGAUUCCUGAGUUUUGGUAUCAAUUGCCACAUAAAGGGUUGGUGAAGAAUGGGUAUGGGAGAUGGGUUAAGCUUGGGAGGAACCAUGAGGACAUUCCUUCGCCGUUGAUUCAGCCUUCCAAGAUUUGAUUUGAUUUGUUAUUCUUUUGAUUUGUUUUUGUGUAUAUCAAAAUGUUUAGAUUGAGAAAGAAAUAGAGAGUUUGAGGUUGAAAUUGAUUCUUAUUCAUUUAAUUCAAGUAGUGUGUCGACCAGGAGGCUGAGUCUCGAAGGGAGUGUACAUGAGGCGGUCUGCAAA